AUGAAAAAGCCUAGUACCUCCGAGGCUUCAUUUACUUCUGUGAAACCCAAUAAGGACCUCCUGAGGAAAGCAACAUCCUUGCUGAAGGAAUUCCUGAUGAUUAGUUUUAAAAAGAAAAGGCUAAUUUCACAAAUUGAAAUGCUGUGGGUUAUUGCGAAGAAAUAUGAAUGUCAUUUUCAUGAGAUCCUCAAAAGAGAUUCACUUGGUAUAGAAAUCAUAUCUGGUAUUGAUGUAAAGGAGAUGGAUUCUCCCAAGAAUUGCUAUGUCCUUGUCAAUAAAAUGAACCUCCCCAACAGUGGUAGAGUGAAUCCAGGCAGGGGAUUCCCCAAGACAGGUCUUCUAAUGAAUAUCCUAGGAGUGAUCUUCAUGAAGGGCAAUUGUGCAAGUGCAGUAAGCAUCUGGGAAUUCUUGAAUAAGAUGAAAAUCUAUGCUGGGCAGAAACACUUCUUGUUUGGUAAGCCCAAAAAGCUUAUCACUGAAGAUCUGGUGAAGCUUAAAUAUUUAGAGUACCUCCAGAUAGUUGAUAGUCAACCACCCCAUUAUAAGUUCUUGUGGGGCCCCAGAUCACAUGCUGAAAUUAGCAAGAUGCGUAUCUUACAGUUUCUGGCCAAAAUUAACAACACAGUUCCAAGUGCUUUCAAGUCUUGCUAUGAAGAAGCACUGGAAGAGCAAAACGAAAAUGCCUUAUUAGCUUCAAGAACCAGUACCUCUACCAUGUCAGAGAAUGACCCAGAGUAG